AUGGCAUUAAAACAAAAUUUGGCAUAUGAUCAAAAAUUAGACAAAGUGGUUGGGUAUGUAGAUUUAGGACCAAUUCCUGUAAGUGAUCCAGAAAAAUUAGCUUCCGUAGCCCUCGUGUUUCAAAUAGUGUCUUACGGUAUACGUUUUAAGUGUCCAAUUGCAUAUUUUUUUAUUGCAAAUAACUUGUCUGGGGAACUGCUUUCCGAAUUAAUAAAAACCACUGUAAUUCUACUUGACGAAAUUGGUGUCACCGUAAGAUCUUUGACUUGUGAUGGUGCAGCAUCCAAUGUAAAGGCUUAUGAAUAUUAA